AUGCAUGAUGAUGAUGAUGAUGAUGAUGAUGAUGAUGAUGAUGAUGAUGAUGAUGAUGAUGAUGAUGAUGCACAUGAUGAUGAUGAUGAUGAUGAUGAUGAUGAUGAUGAUGAUGAUGAUGAUGAUGAUGAUGAUGAUGAUGAUGAUGAUGAUGAUGAUGAUGAUGAUGAUGAUGAUGAUGAUGAUGAUGAUGAUGAUGAUGAUGAUGAUGAUGAUGAUGAUGAUGAUGAUGAUGAUGAUGAUGAUGAUGAUGAUGAUGAUGAUGCACAUGAUGAUGAUGAUGAUGAUGAUGAUGAUGAUGAUGAUGAUGAUGCACAUGAUGAUGAUGAUGAUGAUGAUGAUGAUGAUGAUGAUGAUGAUGAUGAUGAUGAUGAUGAUGAUGAUGAUGAUGAUGAUGAUGAUGAUGAUGAUGAUGAUGAUGAUGAUGAUGAUGAUGAUGAUGAUGAUGAUGAUGAUGAUGAUGAUGAUGAUGAUGAUGAUGAUGAUGAUGAUGAUGAUGAUGAUGAUGAUGAUGAUGAUGAUGAUGAUGAUGAUGAUGAUGAUGAUGCACAUGAUGAUGAUGAUGAUGAUGAUGAUGAUGAUGAUGAUGAUGAUGAUGAUGAUGAUGAUGAUGAUGAUGAUGAUGAUGAUGAUGAUGAUGAUGAUGAUGAUGAUGAUGAUGAUGAUGAUGAUGAUGAUGAUGAUGAUGAUGAUGAUGAUGAUGAUGAUGAUGAUGAUGAUGAUGAUGAUGAUGAUGAUGAUGAUGAUGAUGAUGAUGAUGAUGAUGAUGAUGAUGAUGAUGCACAUGAUGAUGAUGAUGAUGAUGAUGAUGAUGAUGAUGAUGAUGAUGAUGAUGAUGAUGAUGAUGAUGAUGAUGAUGAUGAUGAUGAUGAUGAUGCAUGA